CUGCCCAAGAUGAUGAAUUCCUCCCUGGAUCCACUGAACCAGAGCUCUGCUGACCCAUCAAACAUAUCUGCUCCCUUCUGCCUGCUUGAGAUAGGCUAUUCGCAAAUUUUCAGCACCUGCCUCCUUGAAGUCUCUGUCAUACUGCUCCUCACUGUUCUCAUUAUUUCCGGUAACCUGGUGGUGAUUUUUGUGUUUCACUGUGCGCCCUUGCUUAGCCAGCACACCACCAGUGCUUUCAUCCAGACUAUGGCGUAUGCUGAUCUGCUGGUGGGGGUCAGCUGCCUGUUCCCCUCCCUGUCCCUCCUCCAUCACCUGCAGGGCCUCGACCCCAAACUCACCUGCCAGGUGUUCGGGUACAUGGUGUCUGUUUUAAAGUCUGUUUCAAUGGCGUCAUUAGCAUGCGUAAGUGUAGACCGCUACAUUGCCAUCACACGACCUCUGACUUACGCGUCCCUGGUAACGCCUUGUCGUGUGCGCUGCUGCAUCGUUCUAAUAUGGUUGUACUCUGCUCUGGUGUUUCUCCCGGCUUUUCUCGGGUGGGGGAAACCAGGUUACCACGGCGAUGUGGUGGAGUGGUGCGCACUUGAGUGGAGGACUAGUCCGGCGUUCACAACCUUUAUUGUUGCACUGCUCUACGCCCCAGCUGCUCUCACUGUCUGCUUUACCUACGCCAAUAUCUUCAAGAUCUGCCGACAGCACACCAAGGAGAUCAGCGAGCGCCACGCACGUUACCGACCUCAACAACUGCAGGGCCCAGGAUUGACAGUGGGACCUAUGGUCAAGGACAACAGUGCAGCAGAACAAGGGCAGUUGCCCCAUUUGUCCCAGCCCCAGAAACCCCAACACCACCAACCACAGUAUCAGCAGCCUACAUCAACAUACCCAGACAAGCGAUACGCUAUGGUAUUGUUCCGCAUUACCAGCGUGUUUUAUAUCCUCUGGUUGCCCUACAUUCUCUACUUUCUGUUGGAGAGCGGAGGGAUCUACCACCACCCUGCAGCCUCGUUCCUCACAACAUGGCUGGCCAUCAGCAACAGCUUCUGUAACUGUCUCAUCUACAGCCUCUCCAACUCUGCCUUCAGGAAGGGCCUCAAACGCCUCUGCUCCUUCUGUUUACAGCGCAGUGGCAGUGGCUUUGGGGUUAGGAACACCAAAAAAGCUUUCGUUGGCUCUGUUGAAAAGGGUUGUGCAGGGCCAGGGUAUGGAUAUGGCCAUCGGGAAAUAGGCAUUGGCACAACAUGUCAUGUGUAA